CUAGCAUCACAGCGAUAAAAUUAUAGAUAUUAUUACUGCCCUUGUCGCACAUUAUCUUGCGUGUAUGUUAGAUAAGUAGCUCAUCUGUGCAAGUAAUAAUAAAAAAUAUGAUAGGAAUAUGCUAUGUACUGUCAUUUAUCGGAUUCGAUUAUAAUGAAAGGAUUUAAUAUGCUUCGAUAGAUAACAGUAUCUGAUUUAUUCCUAAUAGAUAUUUUCCAAUAGGUGACAGCACGUCACAGAAAUGAAUCGAUAACGUCAUAUGUGACACACGAAAAAUCAUUGAAUGUCAAGUCUAUUUUGUACUUGUGAUAGUGACAAAAAAGACUAUGUAAACAAAGUAGUUUGAAAUAUAACAAAAAGUAUUAUUACAAAAAUAAAAGUAAAUUUUACUCAUAUUUCUUAAACUAAAUAAUUUUAUAGAACAUUUUGCAAUUUUUUAACCUUUUCUCUCAAGUGAACUAAUGCAGUCUGAAUUUACUUCAUUGUAUAUUUAAAUUAUACAAAACUAUUCUUACAAUGACUGAUUUACCUGUUUUUACUUCGGAAGUUGCAAAAGCUGUUUUAACCGACGUUCUAACAACAUUAAAUACUCCGGAAAAUACUCAAAAGCUUGCAGAAGCUAAGGAAAAUUCUGGAAAUGAAAUGCUAAAAAUGAUGCAGUUUGUUUUCCCAAUUGUCGUACAAAUUCAAAUGGAUGUUAUUAAAAACUAUGGUUUUCCAGAAGGUCGGGAAGGUACAGUUCAAUUUGCACAAUUACUCAGAACUUUAGAAAGGGAAGAUCCUGAAAUAGCACAGUUACAUAGUCAAGUUCGAUCAUAUUUUCUUCCCCCUGUUACUAUAAGUUCUUCAACUGAAGCAUCUCUCUAAAAUAAAAUAACUUUUUUGUACGUUCACACAAAUAUUUCACUUUGUACUUUCUCUUUCUCUACGUAAAAAACAUAGAAAUCAUCUAACUUACUGUUUUAAUUUCGUAAGAAGUUUAGAGUUUUACAAUUCUGAUGUUAUAAUUCGAAUUUUUUGCAGAAAAAGAUAUGUACAAGGGAUCUUCAAAUUAAAUAUUUAAUCAAAAAAAUUAAAAAUUUUUACAUUUAUUUGUAUAAUAAUAAUAAUAAUAAUAAU